UUUUUUUUUUUUUUUAAUUUCCAUUCACCUGGUGUUUUGGUUAUUAAAAAUGUCAAGAAAGAGGAAAACUCUUAUUUUCAUCGCUUACAUUCUGAUGCGAGUAUAAUCUGAGCUCUUGUCUUUUAAUAAAUUGACAUUUUUAUAUUUUGAUACUAACCAAGAUUCGUAGAUCUCUGACUUCUCUUGUUGAUCAUAAAGAAAUUGUUACCAUACAACUUGGUGUCUCAGUUAUUGAUAUGUUUAAUUACAUUAGCUUUUUUUGGGAGACGCGAUAUGUAUGAAAAUGCAUCAUUAAGAAGGUAUGUACAAUGUUCCUUUUUUAAAGUUUGAAAGUUAUGUGUGUUUUAUUAGCCUAGCCCUAUUUUACUUCAUUUUCUUUUGCUUUGUAGUUUGUUCAAAUUGAUCAUUCUCUACUGCAUAUUAUCUAACAUAUCUAGACCAACAAGAAGAUGAUAAGGUUUAACAGUUGUAGAUAUGUCAAUUCCAUCUCAUUUCAAAUCUGAAAUUGGAGUUACUGUUUUUAAAGGGCUAAAUAUUCGUUAUCACUAUUUCCUUCUAGGCCAAAUUACGAAAAGCAUCCAUUUGGUAGUUGGAGUUACUGUUUUAUCUGCCUAUUUUACUUCAUUUUCUUUUGUUUGAAGGGCUAAACAUUCGAUAUCUCUAUUUGCUUCUGUCCCUUGUGAUGCACCAUCUAAGUUAUAGUUUCUGUCGUUUUUUUAAUUUAAUUUUAUUUUAUUUAUUUAUUUAUCUUUUUCUGAUUUGCAGCAAUCAAUCAACCGAGGUGACAAGAUAUUCUUAUAAAUGAGGCUAAUAAUGAAGAUGAGACAAAAGGGAGUCGGUGCUUGUUCAUCAAUUUGAGUUUUGAUUUUUCAGUUUUUGAUGAUUUUCAGUUGCUUCAAAUUUGUGUUAGAUAUCAAAAUAAUUUACUGUUUGGGGGGGAAUGAUGUCGAGCUUUUCACCAUUCAAGAUGUGCAUGGUGUCAUGGUGAAUAAUGCACAGGAAGAAUUGUUGCGGUGGCAUGCUGAAAAUGCCAAAAAUAACCCUAAAAUCAUUCAUGCAAAUGAAAAGUGGACAUGCGGUAUCAUAGAAGUUAUUGAUCAUUUCAAGUUGGGAACAAGUAUAUCAUCUAGAGAUGUAACAAAUCUUUCAAAUGUAUAUUUGGACUGUUUUGUCCCUGCAAAUGAAGUAGUCAAAGUUAGCUUAUUUUUGGAGAGGUGGCGACGUCUAGAAGUUGAAAAUCCUGAUGUCUUUUUGAGCAACCUCAAAUCUGUAUGUGGGCAAAAGGGGAAAGCAAUAUCGAGUUCGGGUUGA